UCCAAAAAUACUUAAUAUAUCGCACCACAAAGGUGGCAUUUUCAUAUCGAACAUUGAACUGAAAUAACAAUCGCUGCUGUUAUAAAAUCAUUGCAUUUUGUGACAUUUGAAUACAAUUUUAUCAAGAUCAUCUAUGGACUAUAACAUUGAUAAGCCGAGUGGCAAGUGCAAUAAAGUUUUUUUUUUUAACGAAUCUCAAUUUUUUAAUAAUUGGUCAAAAUAAUUGAAUAAAAGGCCAACGUUUGGGAUAUUCGCACUUCAGUUAAAAACUUAUUUAUUCAAAAUGUGUUGCAAUAGUUGCAGCCCGCUUCAGAAGAAAACCUGGUUAAUCACAAUCGGAGUUUUGUGUUUAGUGAGCGGAGUUCUUUUAGUAACAUUAUCACCAGCAGCUAUUGAAUCAUUUGUCGAUGGUGUAAGCUUUUUGGCAUUUGUAAUAUAUUCAUGAUACAAUAUCUAUUAUUUUUUUUGUCAGUUAUUUCAUUUGAGUCCGAAUUCUUGGAUGUUCAAAAAAUGGUUGAAUCCACCAAUCACAAAUUACAUGUAUAUUUAUCUCUUUAAUUGGACAAAUAUGCAGGAGGCAACUAACCACAAUGUCAAACCAAACUUUAACCAACAUGGCCCGUAUGUUUUUCGUGAGAAAAGAUCUAAAGAGGACAUCAUAUGGCAUGAUAACGACACCAUGACGUUCUAUAAUCGUCGUACGUGGUUUUUUGAAGAGGAAAUGUCAGGUGCUUCGUUGGAUGAUGUCAUUGUCCUUCCUCAUCCACCAACUGUGAUCGCAGCUAAACUAGGGAAAAAUAUGAAUCGCUACGUAAAAAAGGUAAUGAAUUAUGCUCUUCAGACAGAAGGCGGGAUGUUGGCAGCAAACAAAACAGCCGAAAAAUGGCUGUUUAAGGGCUUCGAUGAUCCUUUGACAGAAUUUGCAGCGCUCUUUCUGACCGAAAUCAUCUCGUUCCCAUUAGAAAAGUUUGGAUUAUUAUAUUUACGAAAUGCAUCGAAAACCUACGAAGGAACGUAUACCAUCCAUACAGGACAGACAAAUCUAUCGUUGUUAGGUGAACUAGCUGAAUGGCAGGGAAGUAAUCAGUCGUAUGCCUUUAAAGGUGAAUGUGGGCACAUAAAUGGAAGUACUGGCGAUAUAUUUGCACCCAAACGAAUACCUGAAGAUAGUGUCUCGGUUUUUAUCCCAGAUACUUGUCGUUCCAUAAAAUUAUUCCCUAGUGAAAGAAUCAAUUAUCGUGGGAUAGAAACAAUAAAAUAUUCAACGAAUGAUCAGUCAUUUGAUAAUGGACAACUAUAUCCGAAUAUGAAAUGUUUCUGUUCGGAAAAGGAUGAAGUAUGCCCUCCAACUGGGGUAAUUGACAUGAGUUCAUGUUUGCUGGGAGCUCCUUUAUAUCUAUCACUACCACAUUUCUUAAAUGCUGAUCCUAGUUAUACCGACGGCAUAACAGGAAUGCAACCUGAUCCACAGGAACAUGAUUUCUAUAUAAUAAUGGAACCACGAUUGGGAACACCCUUAAAUGGCAAUGCUAAUAUGCAGAUUAAUAUGCUUAUGGAACCAGACGAUUCAAUUGAUGUGAUGAAGGACAUUAAUGAAUUUUAUGCACCAUUGGUAAUAAUCUCAGAUCGAGGAGAUCUUAACGAAAGCUUCGCCAAACUAAUAAGGAACAAAUAUUCGUUCGUAGCUGCAAUGGUUAUUUUAUUUCUGCUGGACUCAGAAGAAAUUGAUCGAAUAGAUCAUAAGUUCCUCGAACCAGGUCAUACACACAUGGAGUACGACAGCGAUCGUGCUCUUAUCGAGCGGAAUAUAGAAACACCAAGAGACUGCUAUCAGUUCUUCAUUUCGACAAUGCUUAGUAUUAAAGAAUGGCCUUUAUCCGAGUGGAGAGAGAUUAAGACCAAGUCUCUGAAAGCCUUCUUUACUGUACUUGAUGUUGAAGGCAGAUUAAGCUCCUCACAAAUCGUUUAA